UUCCAUGCGCGGCGCACGAAACUGAAAGUCGUCGUGUGUGAAAAGAAAAAGCAAAUAAUUAAACUAGUAUAAUCAAAACUAAACAGUUUUCAAACCAACAUAGACAUUCUUGUAUCGCUAUGGCAAUAUUUGGUUGACAAAUCAAAAUAAGCGGCGUACCGCAAAGUGGCUAAUGAAUUAUACCUCAGAGGGAGUUAGGAGAAGUUGCGUCGAACAACGGCCGUGCCUCGUUUACGAAAAUUGAAUUCGUUGGAGCUUUAAUCAGACGGCUGGCAAGGGAAGGUGGAGUAAAAUCCUUUGGCACAUGAAUUUGAGGCAAAAUGUCCAGCUCGUUCAUAGUUGAAUCAAAAGAAAAAACAAAAGAUGACACCUUAAUAAUAGUUGUAAAUGAUGAUGGUACCAUAUCAGUUGACCAUGAAACACUCCAAAAUAUAAUAAUAAAUCAGUCAAAUGCAAAUGUCAGCGUUGUGCGACUUGGUCAAACUGAUAGCACUGAUCCAGAAAAUGGCGAUAUUACUUUAACCGUUGAUCCUCCUCCGUACAUUCCUUCGGAAACAGCUGCUUCUUCCGGCCCGGCAUCCGGUACUGCAGACCCGGGAGUUGGAGGGCUCGUUGAUCCAUUUAUGGAAAUGGAUCCAGAACAACUCGAAAGAUUGGAAACUGCCCUACAAAGUGAAGAGGCUAAGCAAAUAUUGGGGGAAAACGUGACUGCGAUGCUUGACAUGUUGUCUGUCGAAGAGGAGCAGAAUUCGAUGAAAUACAACAUCGAGUUAGAUCACUGUUAUACGAGCAGAAAAUCACCCUCUGAUCCAAAACCUAGUGACCCAUUACCACUUGCGGAAUCGCCAGAUAUUGGCGAUUCUCCAUACUCUUCCUCCUCUAUGCCCAAUUCCACACUGCUAUAUUCUCCCAUAAUCUCAACAAGUUCAGUGACAACCUCGAAAAGUAAACUAUCCAAAAAUCAGGCACGAGGUCCGGGCAGGCCUCGAAGAGAAGGAAGAAAUGCUGGAACCACUCCGUCAACUCCAAAAACUGUGGGGAAUUUAGUGCCACGAACGGUCAUCAACGUACUUCAACAUGGAACCAAUAAAGGUGCACUAGUGCCCCUUAUUAAGCCUCUCAAUAUGAACGAUGUUCGCAUUGUCGCUGCAUCAAAUUUUGGUACCCUAAGUGAUGCGGGGCAAAGUACAUCAGAAUCCUCCGAGUCAGAGCCACCAUCUGAUGACGAUUCAGAUUUUGGACCACGAGGACCUAGAAGAAGCGGAGUCAGGGCUCGUGGCGGGCGCAAGGGGCUCACUACAAGGGGUGGCAGCCUAGCUGCUACAAGGCGGAGAGGGAACAACAAACAUUUGGACAUGGAUCAAGUCCGUAGACUCGAUAUGGAAAUGGCAGCAGCAGUUGAUGCUAUGAAAAGUCCUGAGAAGGAGGACAAAUUGGAUUUUACAGGGGAAAGAUCGGUGAAGGUAAAGAAGUCAUUGAAGACGCUUGGAGGUAAAAAAAAAGAGGAGCCUAUGGCAGCGCCAAGUCAAGUAACGCAAGCGGCCCAAUCUACAGACGAAUUCCAAACCAUGAUUUCUGAGAAACAGUUAUUGACAACUAAUCAGGUUAAAGCUAACCUGAUAAACGCCAAUACAAUAAAGGGUGACAUGAUUCUGACUAAACCUGGACAAAUGAGGAAUAAUCAAAAAGUGAUAUUUGUACAAAAGCAGGUAAUGAUGAAGGCUAGCGAAUUAAAAAGUCUUGGAAUGAAGAAAUCUAUUGUGGUAUCCAAGGCAAAUUUCGUCAGCCAGGUCAGCCCCAAAGUCUCUGUAGCAAAAGAACUUAAGACGCUGCCAUCUGUUACCGCAAAAUCACAAGGUUUAGCUACACAAAUGCCUCAAAGUACGCAACCUAAAGUUUCACAACCAUUGCAACCAAUCCCUCUUCAAGUUCCACAGCAAAAUCAGCUACUUGGACAAGAGAAAUUUACCGUUUCAACAAACAGUCCAACAUCCUCUGCGUCAACCUCGGUGAAAGUCAAAACCCCUGAGACAAAAAAAGAGAAAAGAAAAACCGAAAUCAUUGCAGAUGUGACGCCUAAAGUUGAAGUCGAAGCAGUCCAACCCCCGGAAUCAAAAACGCCUGAUGAGUAUGGAACAGCGGAUAUUUCAGGUAUCAAAAAACACCAGAAACGAGAACAUCGAAAAUCGCCGUCACAUUUAGCAGAUGCUCUUGGCCCAGCUUUGUUCUCAACUCCAGAUAUUAUUCGGCGUGUUGGUUCAGGCGAGCCUAAAACUCCAGAAUCUCUCAUCACAAGUCCUGCCAUCAAAAGCAUCAUGCCCAUUCCUCCACUUGUAACAGGAAUUAUGCCUUCUGCUCCAACUGCAAUGUUGACAGCUGAACUGCCAAUGACUGAGUCAAAAGUAUUGAAGGUUAAUUCCAUGGAAGAAACCAUGCAACCACAUCUACAACUCCACUUAGAAAUUGACAAUCAGGGUAAGCCGAUGAAUGAGGAUGAACAUAAGAUUGAUUCCAAACCUUUGCCAGCAGAAGAAUUACAUCUAUCUUUGGAUGCUGCUUUGCACGCAGCUCCGAAUCCUUCUGAGGUAAAUGCACCAAUUGAACACCAGGUUGCAUCCGAAACAAUUGUUUCUAUAUCUACUGGCAUGGAGGGUGAGGAACAUUUACUGGCCACACUUGAAAUGGAGGCUAGUAAACAUGAAGAAGAAUUGCUCGCUGAAGCUUUGCUUCUCCAAGAAGAACUUGGCGUCGACCUUGCAGAUCAUCCAUCUCUUGUCGGUCAGACUUCGGCAAUCUCAGAUUCACUCCUACCGUCAGCGCCCUUUGUUCCACUCGUUGAAUCACAGCAGCAGCAAAUUCUGUCACCCAUCAGCACAGUUCCUGUGACAUCGUUGCCUCUUUCUGACCCUGAUCACGGCAGGAAACCAGCAAAGGAUGAAAAAGAGCCUGUGCAGAUCGUCCGUGGCGGUAGAGUUAUAACUUUGCCACCUAUAGAAGCUCCAGCAACUAGGAGCAAGAGACUCCAAGCAAAGGUUGACGUAACAAUACAGAGACCUGAAGUUGCAAAGAAACCUGAAAAAUCUAUGUAAGUCUUUCAGUCAUUGCAAAGCUGUCAAAUCGUUGUGGGGAUGGCUACUUCUGAUAGUAGUUUUUUCAGUAAAUUUGCCGUUCAACAUGAAGAAAUUCCCAGUAAAGAUGAAAUGGAGUCUGAAAUGGAUGAAGAUGAUGAUGACGGAGAAAAUUCUGACUCUGAAGACGACCCAGAUAGGCUUUGGUGCAUCUGUAAAAGACCACACAAUAAUAGAUUCAUGAUUUGUUGUGACGUAUGUGAGGAUUGGUUCCACGGAAAGUGUGUUCACGUCAGUAAGGCAAUGGGUCAACAAAUGGAAGAAAAAGGCAUAGAAUGGGUAUGUCCAAACUGUCUGAAGAAGAAAUCAGACGAUUCUAAUGAACCAAUAAGAUCAGAGUAUACAAAAAUACAAAAAAGUGUAGCAGAACCGAUUUCGCAAUCAUCAUCAUCUGAGAUUCUUUUGUCUUCUAUUCAUGCUUCUCCGGGGAGCGUUCCUGCAUCUCCAAUAAUUUCUUCAACAAUUGUGUCGCCUACUUCCAAUAUUCCGUCUAUCCAGAGAGUAACACAGUGCGUUGUCUGCAAAAAAGAGGCAAGGAAUUCAAGCAUAUAUUGCUCUGAUGCCUGCAUUCUAACCCAUGCACAGGAGUCGCUCACUAAAGAUAAGCCACCAACACCAAUAUCGCAAAAUAAACUAACUAAACCAACCACACUGGAUCAAAUCGCCAAGAAUAAACCAGAUGCUAGAGUUAUCGUAUUCGAAAGAAAGUCUGGAAAAGUUUUGACUGGUGUUGAAGCUCCUACGACUUCGAAUCUUAAGAAUUGGUUGAAAGAGAACCCGACUUAUGAAGUUGUCCGACCAAAUAAUCUGAAUACUAUACAAAUCGGAGGAAGAACUGUUACCGCAAUACAAACUCCAAGUACAGCAAAAGUGACCAAAACUGUCCAGCCAGUCAGUAGUAAAACGCAAACUAAGAUGGUUUUUGCAAAGGUGGCCGGAUCUAAGCAAACGGUUUUGGCUCCGAGUAAUAAAAAAAUCGUGAUAGUUUCUACAAGUCACUCGCCGGGAAGCAAACAGCAUGUUUUUCAAUCUCGGCAAACUUUAUUGACGCAAACAAUAAAAAACUCUACUUGCGCCGUCAAACAAUCUCCGACUUCUCGACAACAACCGCAGCAGCAAUUGCAACAACAGAAAUUACAGAUUUCGGCAUCAGGUGUCACAACGAUGCCUAAACAAACGCACGGCAAAAAGCCAGAGACAAAACCUUCGACUUCACAGAUAAAGAGUCAGGUUAAAUCACCGGUGGCUAGCAAAAGACCAGAGACUGAACCGAUAAGGUUGAACAUCAGGAAAACACUAGCGGAGCUUCUCACCAGUAGAAUCAAAGAAACUGAAGAUUUGAAAAUAACUGAUGACGAGAUUACGGAAUUAGCACUUAAUAUAGAACUCGAAAUGUACAAAUUUUUCAAAGACACAGGUGCAAAAUAUAAGGCAAAAUAUAGAAGCCUUGUAUUUAAUAUAAAAGAUACCAAGAAUUUAACACUGUUCAGAAAAAUAGCCGAUCGUUCUCUCGCGCCAGAUGCCGUAGUUAGGUUAAGUCCGGACGAAAUGGCAAGUCAAGAGCUAGCGGAGUGGAGAGAAAAAGAAACAAAGCACCAGCUUGAAAUGAUAAAAAAAAACGAGCUCGAACUUAUGGCACAGGCCAAGUCAAUCGUAGUUAAAACACAUAAAGGAGAACAAAUUAUUGAAAAUGACGGAAGUAUAGAUCACGUUGAUCCAAAAACUCCUGUACAGGAUAUUGUAACCGCUCUCAAUUCUGGAGAUAAUAUUUCAUCGUCUACCGUUGAAGAGGAAAAAGAAAAGGAGAGAGCGAAACCAAAGGACAGAAGCACGGAGAGCAAGAAAAGCAGUUCUGCCAUCCCAAGAGCUGAUGAAAAGAAAAAAGAAAAAGAUAAGGAUAAAGACAAACAUGACAGGAGUAGAAGCAGAAGCAGACGACAUCAUAGCAGAGAUUCUGACAGUCGAAGCAAAACAAGAGAAAAAAGUAAAGAGAGAGAAAGACGAUCCACCAGGAAUAAAGAGAGUAAGAGAGAUAAGGACAGGGAACGCGAAAGAGAACGCGAAAAACAAAAAGAAAAGGAUAAAUAUAAGAAAAGCAGAAAUAGAACCACCAGAAAUCACAGCAAAGGAAGACAUAGGGACUACAAUUCCAAAGAAUUAUCGAAGAAAGAUGAAGAACGAAAAAAAGAAACUGCCGUAGAUACUAAAAACGAAUCGAUUCUGCCCAUCCCAGAGAAACAAGUUCCAAUUGAAGAUCGUCUCUGGCGGCACAUAGAGGACGAAACAACAACAACAAAUACUCUUGACGGUAACGAAUCCGACGUUUCUGACCGUGAGCCAAGCUCAACUGUAACAAUAAAGACUCCAGACUUCAAUGAGGAGCCAGAAAAAGAAGGAAAAGAAGAGUCAGAGCAAGUAGAACAGCAGUUGGAACCUCCUCGUGGAUCGUUACAUACUGUUUGGCGAGGGUUUGUAAAUAUGGUGGAUGUGGCAAAGUUUUUUAUAACCGCUCAAGAAGUUAGUGGACAUGCUAGGGACCUCAUGGAAGAUUUACCUGAUACAGUUGACGUUGUUGGAAGAAUCAGCCAUGAAACUGUUUGGGAUUAUAUUUCUAAAAUGAAGAAGACUGGCUCAAAAGAGAUACUUGUUAUCAGAUUGACCGCUGCUAACGAUGAAGAAAAAAUACCCUAUAUCACACUCUAUAGCUAUUUGAAUAGCCGAAGUAGACUCGGAGUCGUUGGCAACGUCUCUAAAAAUAUAAAAGACUUUUAUAUCAUGCCAUUUUCAAACCAGAGCGUUGUGCCUUCGGUUCUACUUCCUUUAGAUGGGCCUGGAUUCGAAGAACAUAGGCCGCAUUUGCUCCUAGGAAUUAUUGUGCGGAAUAAAAGAAAACGCCCUCUUAGUAUGCCUGCAACUGCCAUACCCCAAAAACUAGUUAAAAAAGACGUUGAUAGUAAAAGCUACACGCCUCCCCCAAUCGAUAAUGCCAUCAAAGACGCAGUUGGAGCAACACCCCCGCUUUCGCCGACUCAUAUACUUCUUGGAAAAGGCUCGCUGGGGCUUGACGGAAGUUUAAACUUGAGAGAAAAGCAAAAUGUGACGCAGAUGACUUUGGAUAGCCUGAAUAAAGCUCAUGUAGGAAUGUCCAAAUCUGCGAUAAUGGACAGCGCCAAGAUUUCGAAAAUUGUUCCUGAGCUGUCAAUGAAAAUCGGGCUCAAUUCACCAGUACAUAAAACUCCUCAGAUUACAACAGAAAUGCUGAUUAUGCAGAAUGAUGACGACGGCGACGAACCAUACAGUCCCGGUGGAAUGGACAAUGAUGACGAAAACUCUGCGCUUGACAACAUCACCAAACAAAUUGAUCCUACUUCUCUGGCUCUCUCAUCAGUGAAAAACUCUACAGAUUUGCAGAGAAAAAUGGACGAACUUAACAGACAGAUUGAGGAACAGAAACAACAAAUACAGAACAUAAGCUCCUCAUUCCUAGGAGAUGCUACAGCAACUUUACCGGGUCUGGGACUCGACCCUCCUGGAUUUAACGACUCUGAGGAGGCUUACAGUCCUACAGAUACUCGAUCAUUCACACCUCCGCCUCCAGGAAUUCAGAAGAUAUCACAGCCAAUUUUAGACAAAGUAUCGAAUAUAACAAUACCGGCAAAUUUACAAGAGAUCUUGGCAAAUGUAAAACGUCAGGAAAGUUCAAAAGUCGAUCCUUACCUACCUUCUAAGCCAAGUGCAACUUUUUUGACAUCUGUCAAUGCUUCGCCCUACCAAAAAACAAUGACGACAAAUGAAAAGUAUUCGACCACUAUUUACACUAAAAUCACAAACCCAAUGGUUAAUUGUAAUCUCGAAAAAUCUUCGAUUUUCGACACCCAACAGCAACAACUGUCUCAGCCAAAGGAGAGUAAAAGCACUUUGAGAUCCUUGAGUGAUUUGGAUUUAAUAAAAAAGGCUGAGGAAGAAUUAGCUGCUGUUGCAGCAGCUGCCGCAGUAACAUCUCCGCCUAAAACAAUCCUUGGCAGGCCUUCGCUUGUAUCCUCCCAUCAUAUUGCCGCAUCUUCCACAAUUCUGCCUAAUCAGCUUCCAAGCUUGUCAAUUCCCCCAGUUAAUUCUUUAGGAACUUACAAGUCAAAUCCCCCACCAGCAAGUCCUGAAAUGUCUCUAUCAGGAUCUUUUGCUGAUACUAUUAAAAAAACUCUCUCGUUUGACCAACCGAAGCCACCAGGACUUGAAGAUGAAGAUUUUUCUCUCGGUUUUCCAGCCACCAUAAUCUCACCUGUCAAUGAGAAUAUUGGUUUAAAAAAUCUUCAAAAUUUUGGAGGCUCCAGAUUACCUUCCUCCUCUACAUCUACUUCAUUUUCCUCUUCCAAUGCAUCGUCUAAUAAAUUUUCACCCAAAAGUGGCGUCGUGUUAAGUGUUAAACGUAAAAUUGGUGAUGUUAUUAAUUCUACUGACACGAUUAACACUUUGCCAACACCUAGUAAAACACCUAGAACAAAGUCUAGAUGGGGACAAGGUCCUUCUGAUCAAUCGCAGUAAAUCCAUUUCUGUAAUUCUUCUAAUCUUUUUGUUUUUUACUCGUAGAUAAAGAAAAAAGGAAAAACAGGAACACAAACAAUUUUUUAAAUAUCUAUCGGAUUGUAACGUAAAGUUUGAAUGAUUCGAAAAAAAUUCUUCAACGUCUGUUUUAUUGUUAUAACUCAUGUCAUUUUGUUCAUUUUUUUCCUUCCACACUAGGUACUAACAAUAAAAAUAACUGUCUUGUAAAUACCAAAGCGAUUAGUAUGGGUAUGAAGAAUGUGAGAAUGAGAGACAAAAAAUAAAAAUAAAUAUAAAUAAAUACGAGAGUGAAUGAGAGAGUAAAAGAAUUAUAAAUAUAUAUAUAGUGGUAUAUUAAAAUAAUGAUCUUAUCAUAUCGAUUUAAUAUGCAAAGCAAAUGAUAAUAAUAUAAUGAAAUACAAAAAUGAAACAAAUAAUAAGAAUAAAUAAAUGUAUACAAAGUACCAAAAAACUUUAGACACAAUUAAAUUCUAAAGAAGGAACAGCAAAGAACACAACUUGUAAAUAAUUACACGUUUCAGUUUUCUGUACCUUAUAUACUUUGAAAAACGAGAAAAAUUUCGAAGGGAUGAAAAACAUUUAAAAAAAAUAAAUUGAUUGCUUAAGGUA